GCGCUAAGCCGAGAAUGAGUAGUGGGGUGUAUGUAAGAUAUAAAAAUAUAAGAUGGGAGACACAAGACAUAAAGAUCAGAAGUCAAGAUGAGAUGUUGCCUUUGGAGGUGUGGGAUUUGAUAGUUGAGUAUUUGGACGGACGGGGUUUUUUUGGGUUGAUAUGUGUUUGGCCGUAUGUAGAGGGCCAUUACCAGGGAGAGGAGGUGUAUGAGAUCUUGAGGGGUUGUGGAAGGAGGAUGAAUGAGGAGGAAAAGAGAAAAGGGAGGGAGGCGAUUGAGAAGUUGAAUAAUCGAAAUAGGAGAAAUGCCGGUAGGCUGGUAUUUGAGCGAGCAGGGUGUUGUUGGCAAGCAGAGAUGCUGGUCAGUAGGGGUGCGGAAUUGGGAAAUAGUGUGCGGCCGGAGUUUGUGAGGGGGUUGUAUUGUCGGGGUGGGAAGAAGUUUGUGAAAGGGGUGAAGUUAUACGAGAGGAGUGGGGGAAGGAUGAGGGAUCUAGGGAAGGGUUUGGAUGAGUAUUUCGGGAGACAAUAUGCGAGAGCAGGUGUGCUAGAUGGCGCGGUGAGGUUUUUGAUGAAGAGGGGCCUACGGGUGAAGGGGUUGAGCUCUAAGGAAAUGGUAGAGGGAGAUCGGGGUUUGAUGCGGAGGCUGAGAGAAGAAGGGAAGGAGAUGUUAUGGACUAAUAAUGGUUGGACGUUGAUUCCGAUUGGACCGGAGGAUGAGUUUGUUGAUCGUAUUCCCCGCCGGCCUUACUGGCGCUGUUAGCUAGGACAAGGAUUUGAUUUACGCUCGGGGCUAUGCUAUGGGGCUGGAGUUUCGAGAUAAUGGUUCGCAUGCGCGGGCUGGGUAGGUGUUUCAUUUCUGAUUCCGAAGCCCACCAUUUUCAUUUGGUGCUGCUGGCAUCAGGUCUGUCGCUGGCCCAUUUGGUCGGUAUGCUCUAGGUGCCGUAACUGGGAAGCCUUCUCUCCCGACCAUUACCGGACCGGAGUCGUGUGCUGUAGUUGUAAGUCUCACUGCGUGGCACAUCUGCUCUAUCAAGCAC